CAGAUCACCAUGGAACUGGUGCCAAAGAUGCUGAGUCCUCUCGUCAAAGAAUGGGCCCCGGAGGCCUUUGUGAUUUCCUUUAAACUGGAGACGGAUCCCUUGAUCUUAGUCGAUAAAUCACGGAAGGCUCUGGAGAAAUACCGACACCAGAUCGUGGUAGCAAACACCCUGGAGUCGCGGAGAACCUCUGUUCUUAUCGUAACCAAAGACUCGCAGACUCCGUUGUCUCUUUCCGACGAGGAAAUCGCCCAAGGCAUGGAGAUAGAGGAAAAACUUGUGAGUUAUCUCCAGGGCCAACAUACCGCCUUCAUAGAGAAGGAAGGCUGA